AUGGGCGAUGAGCGAAUCAUCAACAUCCAGACGGACAUGACAGAUGAUAGGCGACAGGAUAUGGAACAGAUUGUCGCCGAUGCAGCCCGAACAUCAGGAUUGUCGAACAUACGGGCGAUAGCCAGCACUGUGAAAAGUGAGUGCGAUAGCCGCUACGGUGGUAAUUGGCACUGCCAUGUUGGCGACUUUUUUGGCAGUUCCUUUCCUUACGAGGCGAAUACCUACUUCUACGCGGAAAUGAGCAAUAUCUGUGUUCUUGUGUACAAAUAUUUAUAG